AUGGAAGAUGUGUUGUCCCGAGCCUGGGCGCAAGUAAAGUGGGAGGAAGAUGUUUCUAGCCGCGCCAAGGCUCAGCCAAAGCAGGACCAAAGGUCAGCCCGAUCAGAUCGAGGAGACCAAGACGAAAGGUCCUCCCAAAAAGGAUCCAAGAACUCUGGUAGUAGAAACAGGGGCAGGUUCCAGUACCGGCCUCAAGAGAAGGAAGAAGGGAUGUCGGUAUCUACCUGGCCCGAUAUCUCCCAUCUCUCAAUAUCAACACCAGAGCUGGUCAACACACUAAGACAGAUGGGCCAACAGGUUAAAUUGCCUCCGAAGAUGAAAGCACCUGACUCGUUCCGGAACCCAGAACUUUGGUGCCGCUUCCAUCACGAUCAUGGCCACAAAACCGAAGAUUGCAUCCCCCUGAAGAUCGAGGUCAACGAACUACUCCAGAAGGGGCAUCUUCGAGAAUUCCUCUCAGAGAAAGCCAAGGCCCACCUCAGCAAAGAGACAAUAGGGAAAUCCAAAGGAGCUGCACCAGCCUCACCACCUCGCCAGGACCGGGUGAUCCACGUCAUAUCCGGAGGUUCAGGAGUAAGCGGAGUAAGCCACACAGCCGCAAAGAAAAGCAUCCGUAACGCUAAGAAUGGUCUGGAAACGACUCAACCGAAGCACCUUCUUCUAGGCACCGACGAGAUAAGCUUCGCAGCUAAAGAUCAAGAGAAGAUCCUAGCUCCCCACCAUGAUGCCCUAGUUAUCUCUCUCACCAUAGCAAACUGCUUGGUGAAAAGAAUACUAGUAAAUAACGGCAGCUCCAGCAACAUUAUCUUCCAGAUGGCAUACCAAGAUCUAGGGCUAGAGGAGAGCAUCCUGACGCGCAAGGUGACCUCACUCAUCGGAUUCAGCCGCGAGGUCAAGCAAACGGCCGGAGAGGUUACCCUCCCAGUAUACGCUGAAGGAGUCAACAUGUCCACCAAACUCCUGGUCGUAGGUUGCCAAUCGGCAUAUAACGUGAUCUUAGGACGACCCUGGAUCCACGACAUGGGAGUAUUCCCUUCGACCCUCCAUCAAAUGGUGAAGUUCCCUACACCCUGGGGCAUCAGAAUAAUCAAAGGAGAUCAGGAGAACUCUCGAUCCUGCUACCAGACCACCCUGAAGGGGAAGACCAAGGACCCUCGUCCCCCACCUCACAUAGACAAGAUCACCAAGAACCUUAUCAGGUAUCAGCCAGUGGUCUCACGGGUAAGCGAGUGGGGCAUGAGUAUUCCAAGGAGACUUCCUCAGAGAGUAUAUCAGACGGGUCCGGAGAGAAGGGCGCCCCGCAGACACAGGAUGGAGAAACUUAGCCAGGCAGGAGACCUCCGAACCUGGUCGCUCCAGUGGAUGAAUGUGACUACACGUUUCAUGGAGGUGCUUAAAACCUUCAUCAGCAGGAAACAGUGGUCCCCGAGUACUAAAGGCCGGGGCAUGAAACGAGUCUCGACCACGGUCCCUAGACCCAAGAAAGAUGCAGAACUCUGCAGAAGAAGGAGGAACCCUCCAGCAAGGACGCUCGUCCCAAAAGCAAGUCAAAACCUGCGGGUCACCUAG